AAUUGCCUGGUUCGAGGCCCUGGCUGCCAGAGGGGAUGCGCCCCUUUGGCUCUUCCCUAAGAGAUGAACUAAGUGUGUCCCUGGCGCUCUGGCAGAGGCCGUGGAAUGGGCCCACCCUGAGAAUUCCAGCUUCGCCUCGUAGCAGCUGGAUAACCUGGGGAGCCGCGAGACCUCCCUGGGCCUCAUCGGCCCCUGGAACUGUGGAGCCAACGGGAGAAACGGCCUCACGCGGGGAUUGAGCCGGGCAUGGGCGGCGGACAAACGCGGGUCAUUAUGACUCAACUCCCCCGGGCGUGCGUCCCAGCGCCACCCCGUUCCCCGCCCCGCGCCCAGCCUAGACCCUCCGACCCCGCCCCUGCGCGGAUCGCGAGCUGGAACGCGAGCAGGCCCGGGGCGCGCAAGCCGCCGCCGCAUUUCCGGGCCGGCGGGUGCUGGCGGCGGGGGAGGGGCAGCCAGGGCCUGCGCCGGCGGCCGAGUGACGCGCCCCCUCAUUUGCAUGCGGCGCGCCCAUUGGCCACGGCGGCCGCCGGGACGGGAGGCGGGUCCCCUCCCCCUCCCGCCGCAGCGGCGGCAGCAGCUGGGCUCGGUGUAAACAAGUCCAGGCGCCUGCGAACCCGGGCCGGGGGGGACGGCGCCCGCCAGGAGCGCCCCCCACUCCCAGGCCAGCCCACCCCGGCGGACCGCCCGGCGCGCCCAGGCGAGGCACUGGGCUCCCUCUGCUCCCCGUGGGCCGCUCCCCGCGUGGGGCCACUGCCCCAGGCCCCCGCCAUGGUGCGGAUUUCAAAGCCCAAGACGUUUCAGGCCUACUUGGAUGAUUGUCACCGGAGGUAUAGCUGUGCCCACUGCCGCGCUCACCUGGCCAACCACGACGACCUCAUCUCCAAGUCCUUCCAGGGCAGUCAGGGGCGUGCCUACCUCUUCAACUCUGUGGUGAACGUGGGCUGUGGGCCAGCCGAGGAGCGGGUGCUGCUGACCGGCCUCCAUGCUGUCGCCGACAUCCACUGCGAGAACUGCAAGACCACUUUGGGCUGGAAAUAUGAACAGGCCUUUGAGAGCAGCCAGAAGUACAAAGAGGGGAAGUACAUCAUUGAACUCAACCACAUGAUCAAAGACAACGGCUGGGACUGACCCCAGCUCCUCGACGCAUGUGGUUCCAGACCGGCCUGGCCGCCAGGGAGCGCCACCGGCUUCCCUCUGCCCGAAGGGAGCUCUGGACCCUCAGGGCCCCUGCAGAGGACGAAUCCGGCUCCUGUACAUAUAUUUUAUUGCAUGCACUGUGACCUUGGGGGGAGAUCAGAAGGGGGACGACGCCCCCACACCUCCUGCGAUCUGGCUGGCUUGGAUCUCGUUUUUUACCCCUUCCUGCCCCGCCUGCCCUAUAGAUAUGGCCUGUGUGCUGCUCCCCUGGCCCCAGUGCACCGUCUGCUCUGUGAACUUCUCCUCCCACCAGGCCCCUCUUACCCCACGCGUGUCUGCCCCCCUCGUUCUGUAGCGUUUGUACAUAAUAAAACAAUGGAGUGGAGACA